ACGGAGCCUGAGUGGUUAAUGCCAUUCGUAUGUGCACGCGGGAGAGACGUGAAGGACCUGUCCUCUGACAGAUGACCCCCUCCACGGAGCAGCAGAGCGCGGCUGCGGCUCAGCUGGACACACGCGACGUUUGAGUCGUGUUUGAAGAACAGUUUGACAGGCGUCUAACACCUCUGCCAAAACGAUGAACAAGUGUUAGCUGCUGACCAGCGUUUCCACGCAACAGCGCAGGCGGCUCUGAGGCUCGAUGCUCUCAGCUCAGACCUGUGGACAGUACAGCGACAGCACAGACACAGCAGCGGAGGAGCGCGGAUUCUAGACCAAUGGAGUGUAAAGAGCACGGCAACGAGCCGGGAGAGAGCGUGAGCGGCGGAGAAGAGCAGCGCGGCGCCUCUCCCACACCGGAGUCUGGAGAGCAGUCGGGCAGUGAGCAGCCACAGGAGGGCGCCACCAUGAGACGCACAGACGCAUACUGGCCCGUCCCUGGAGAGGAGAAGAACAUGGACGUGGACUACAAGGAUCCCAGCAGCGAGUCCAUACCCAUGAAGACUCUGUAUGCGGAGGACGGCUCUCCUCUCCCCUGCCUGGGCCCGUACAUGUCAGAUGGCCGUAGACGCGUGGACUACGUCCUGGCGUACCACAUUCCCAAACCUGCCAGCGCCCGCCGCCACUCCACCAAGUUUGGGGAGGGCAACUUCAUCCGCAGACUCCGCCGCAGUCUGAGCAUGAGGAGCAGCCGCGCACCGCUCCAGCCUAAAGAGGACCCGGAGCUGGCCGCGCAGGAGCACCCACAUGACUACCACGAGGACGACAAGAGGUUCAAGAGGGACGAGUUUGAGCAGAACCUGCGGGACACAGGCUUGGAGCUGGAGAAGGAGGAGCUGAGCAACAUCCCUGACACGGGCUUCCUGAAGAUCCACGCUCCCUGGCAUGUUCUUUGUCGAGAGGCAGAGUUCAUGAAGCUCAAGAUGCCCACCAAAAAGUUUUAUGAGGUCAAACAGGGCAGUAAUGUGGUGGAGAAGAUCCGGCUCUUCAUUCAUAAGGUCACAGCUCCUCUGCACCCAAAGGUGGACUCCAACCGCCCACAGAGCAUCAAAUGGCUGUGUCACCCGUUUUCCAGGGAGAAGCAGCACCUGUUCGAUUUGUCCGACCGAGACAAGUUCUUCGACAGCAAGACCAGGAGCUCAAUAGUGUACGAGGUGCUGAAGAGGACCAGAUGUACGCGGGCCAAAUACAGCAUGGGAAUCACCAGUCUACUCGCCAACGGCAUCUACACUGCUGCCUACCCCCUGCACGACGGCGACAUCGAGGGGGUGACAGCAGAACCCAAUGACAGGAAGCUGCUGUACGAGGAGUGGGCCAGCUACAGUGUUUUCUACAAGUACCAGCCCGUCGGACUUAUCAGGAAGUACUUUGGGGAGAAGGUGGGGCUGUACUUUGCCUGGCUGGGGGUCUACACACAGAUGCUGAUCCCUGCUGCUCUAGUGGGAGUCAUCGUGUUUCUGUAUGGCUGUGCCUCUGUGGACGACAACAAACCCAGUAUGGAAAUCUGUGACCCCCGCCACAACAUCACCAUGUGCCCGCUGUGUGACCAGGCCUGCAGCUACUGGAAACUGACUGACGCCUGUGGCACUGCCCGCGCCAGCCACCUGUUUGACAACCCCGCCACCGUCUUCUUCUCCAUCUUCAUGGCUCUGUGGGCGGUCCUCUUUAUGGAGCACUGGAAAAGGCGUCAAAUGAGACUCAACUACAUCUGGGACCUGACGGGCUUUGGCGAGGAGGAGGAGGAGGAACACAAGGACCACAAUCGGGCUGAGUAUGAGUUCCGUGUCAUGCAGAAGUCAUUGAAAAAGGAGCAUUCCACUCCAAAGGAUGAGAAGGUGAAGCUGACGUGCACAGACCGGAUGCCUGCUUACGUCACCACUGUGGUCAUGAUGCUGUUCAUGAUCUCUGUGACGGUUGCGAUCGUGUUCGGGGUCAUCCUCUAUCGUAUCAGUAUAAAGGCGGCUCUGCACAUGAGCACGUAUCCCGCUGCUCGCUCCAACAUCCGCGCCACCGUCAAGACCACGGCCGCCAUCAUCAACCUCAUCAUCAUCAUCAUCAUGGACGAGAUCUACGCAGCUGUGGCCCGCUGGCUCACCGUCAUGGAGGUGCCCAAAACCGACAAGAGCUUUGAGGAGCGUCUCAUCUUCAAAACGUUCAUUCUGAAGUUCGUCAAUGCCUUCACGCCCAUCGUCUACCUGGCCUUCUUCAGGGGCAGGCUGGUGGGGCGUCCCGGGGCGUACCUCUAUGUGGUGGGUUCGUACAGGAUGGAGGAGUGCGCUCACGCCGGCUGCCUCAUGGAGCUGUGUAUCCAGCUGUGUAUCACCAUGCUGGGGAAGCAGCUCAUCCAGAACAACCUGUUUGAGAUCGGCAUACCGAAACUGAAGAAACUGCUCCGAAAGCGAAAGUCUGAGCUGGACGGGGGCAAUGAGGAGGAGCGCAACAAGAUGCUGAGGAGGCACGAGAAGGACAUGAUCCUGGGGCCAUUUAUAGGACUGAGCCCCGAGUACAUGGAGAUGAUUAUCCAGUUUGGAAUGGUGACUCUGUUCGUGGCCUCCUUCCCCCUGGCUCCUCUCUUCGCUCUGCUGAAUAACAUCAUUGAAAUUCGACUGGACGCCAAGAAAUUUGUGACAGAACUGCGCAGGCCCAUAGCGGCCAAAGCCAAAGAUAUCGGGAUCUGGUACAACCUCCUGAGAGGCCUGAGCAAAGUGGCAGUCAUCGUGAAUGCCUUUGUGAUCUCGUUCACGUCGGACUUCAUUCCUCGCCUGGUCUACCAGUACUCGUACAGUGAGGAUGGUUCCAUGACUGGCUUUGUCAACCACACUCUGUCCUACUUCAACGUCAGCGACUUCCAGCAGGGCACCGCGCCUCUGCAGCCCAACAACCUGGGCUACCGCGUGGAGAUCUGCAGAUAUAAGGACUACAGAGAGCCGCACUGGUCCAACAACAAGUAUGAGCUGUCCAAAGAGUUCUGGGCCAUUCUGGCCGCUCGCCUGGCCUUCGUCAUCGUGUUUCAGAAUGUGGUGAUGCUGAUGAGCGAUUUCGUGGAUUGGUUGAUCCCGGACAUCCCGAAGGACAUCAGCCUGCAGAUCCACAAGGAGAAGAUCCUGAUGGUGGAGCUGUUCAUGAAGGAGGAGCAGGGGCGCAGACUGGCCCUGAGGGAGAACCACCAGAACCACCAGGACAACGGCUGCACGUCGCCUUCCUGCUGCCCCGAGAGCCCGCCGCAGCCCCGCUCACGCCUCGCCUCCCACUCCCACUGCUAGAACCACCCAGGCCACACGUGUACAACGCCCCAACGCUACCAGACUUUUUAUAUAUCCAGCUUCAUUGAAUUUUGAAAUAGUUUAAUCCAUAUGACAGCGUUUUUCAUUAAUAGAGGAGACUAUGGAGGCUCCUCACCCUCGUCCCCUUCCACAGAUUCUAAAAAAAAAAAGGUGAUUUCAAUGAUAAGAUACUUAAAUGGCACAUAUUAAACUAUUUUCUCAUUUUUAUUAUAUGUUGUUUCAUCAUCACAAACAAAUGUGGAGUUGCGUUUUGUUUCAUUCACACAAACCCUGCAUAUUUAAGCUGUGUGGAACAGAGCGAUAUGAGAUUUGGAGAUGGACACAGACUAAUAAUGAAGGAUUGUAAAGAGAAUAUGUGUGAAUGAAUCAAAACACAGCUGCAGGUCUGUUUUUGAGGCGGUAACAACAUAAGAAUGACAUAAAAUGGCCUGUGCCCCAUAGUCUCAGUCUAAACCUUGGAGAAACACUGCGUAUGAUGUACUGCAAUAUGACAACGUGUCAGUUUAAAAAGUUGCAAACAAUUCUUUAUUGAAUGUUUGUGAAUGGAGGAAGCCAUUUUUUUCAGUGCCAACCUUGAAGCAGCUUUUUUACUAACAGUUUACAAGGGGCAUUGAAUACAUCACCCACAACAGAGGAAUCUACCGUUCCGUCCACUCACUGCGGGAGGACAUCCUGUUGGUGGUGCUGUUGAGUAUCACACUACUCCCACAGGGCUCUUUAUUUUUGAACGAUACAAAAAGACAAGUGUCAUGCCAUCUUCUCAAACGCAACACAUGGAUAAAGACUUGUUUGCUUAUGUAACACAACGUUAAAAAGAAAGUACCGGUACUAUAUUUUAGUCCAAAACAUUUACACUGCAAAAUUAUAAUUCCUUGCUUAAAAUGGCUUGAAUUCAGAAUAAUUAUAUGAAGGUUUGAUUUAAAAAGUGCGGUACCUGAUUUGUGUUAAAAUAUGAAAAACAGAGCUAGUUCAUUUUAUAUCCUAAUUUUUCAUUGAGUUUAUAAUGUUUAUAACUCUCAGAGGCAGUAAAGCUAGGGCUGGGCGAUAUGGAUCAAAAAAUAUAUCUCGAUAUAUUUUGCUAUAUCUCGAUAUACGAUAUAUAUAUAUAUAUAUAUAUCUCAAUAUCUGUACAGGAAAAAAUAACCCCCUAUAACUGAAAACUGGAAAAACAAAUCUGCCAAAUUCCACAAGGUCUUUUUUUUAUUGAAGUGCAAGAGGUCAGUAGUUCAUGUAGGAACAAAGUGCUUCUGCCACAUUUAAGAUUACAAGAAAUCCCUAAUUGCAUAAAUAAUAAUUUAAAAUAAAAGAAAUAAUGCAUAUUUCCUUCUUUUCAUUCAUAAAUAAAACAACUCAACUCAGCUCAAACUCAUCUUUGCAUUAACUCUGUUAUUCAGACCAUAACCAGAACCAUGAGCUCCUUCUGCAUAGGAAGACUGGGCGUUUCCUUAUUUUAACAGAUCCAGUGUGAGGAGCUCUGAGGUUUCCCACAAUCCACUGCAGAUCAAACCCAACCUUUCCAAACACUAUUGUACAAGUGACACUGCAACAGAUUCUUCAUUAAAAUCUUCUGCAUAAAUAAACUUUACAUUACUAAAAUUAACAACAGCCACAUCAGCCCGUUUGACAUUAUCAUGCGUUUAAUUCAGUUUUGCCACAUGUGUUUACAUUUUACAGAAACUAAACUUAAAACCACAUGGCUCAUUUGCAUAAACAGCGCGCUCCAGGUGGUGUGAUGUGGUUCAGCUUCUGU